GCCCUUGGUGCGCGUGCGCGGGGGCCUGCGCGCUCUGCGGCGCGGUCCGCGGUGGAGACGGCCGGAGCUGAUAGGGGGUGGCGGAUGGCACUGCGGGGCCCGGAGGUCUUCGGACCCGGUUCCCGCGGGUCGUUGGACGAGGCCGGGGCCGAGGGGCGCGAGGCGGCUGCCUUUGCGGCGGCGGGAGUCGCGCUGGAGGACGAUGAGGAGGACGAUGGCCGCCGGGGCCUGCUGCGCUGGGACGGUUUCUCGGCCUGGCUACACUGCGUGUGUGUGGUGGGCUUCGACCUGGAGCUGGGCCAGGCGGUGGAGGUAAUUUAUCCUCAACAUUCCAAACUUACUGAUAAAGAAAAAACCAAUAUUUGCUAUUUGUCCUUUCCAGACUCAAAUUCAGGUUGUCUUGGAGACACCCAGUUUUGUUUUAGAUUCCGGCAGUCUUCUGGGAGGAGGGUGUCCCUGCACUGUCUCCUCGAUCAAUUUGACAAAGAUUUACCAGUUUACUUAAAGAAAGAUCCUGCAUAUUUUUAUGGAUAUGUGUAUUUUCGACAAGUUCGAGAUAAAACUCUUAAAAGAGGCUACUUUCAGAAGUCGUUGGUUUUGAUCAGCAAACUACCUUAUAUUCAUUUUUUUCACACCGUACUCAAACAGAUAGCACCAGAGUAUUUUGAAAAAAAUGAACCUUACUUGGAAGCAGCUUGUAAUGAUGUUGACCGAUGGCCUGCCCCAGUGCCAGGGAAAACAUUGCAUCUGCCUAUCAUGGGGGUAGUAAUGAAGGUCCGGAUUCCCACGUGUCAUGACAAGCCUGGGACCACUCAGAUGGCGCAGUUAACUCAGCAGGCAGACACACACACAUCUAUUAUUUUACCUACUGUUCAUGAGGUGGAUCUUUUCAGGUGUUUCUGCCCAGUUUUCCUUCAUAGUCAGAUGCUAUGGGAGUUGGUGCUGUUGGGAGAGCCCCUGGUGGUUAUGGCACCGUCACCAUCAGAGUCUUCAGAAACUGUACUGGCCCUUGUUAACUGUAUUUCUCCAUUAAAGUACUUUAGCGAUUUUCGGCCUUACUUCACAAUUCAUGAUAGUGAAUUCAAAGAAUAUACUACUCGCACUCAAGCUCCGCCCUCAGUCAUCUUAGGAGUAACCAACCCCUUUUUUGCUAAGACGCUACAGCACUGGCCACACAUUAUUCGAAUAGGAGAUCUUAAACCUGCAGGUGAAAUUCCUAAGCAAGUUAAAGUAAAAAAAUUGAAGAACCUAAAAACUCUGGAUUCUAAACCUGGAGUUUAUACCUCUUACAAGCCAUAUCUAAACAGAGAUGAGGAGAUCAUAAAACAACUCCAGAAGGGUGUACAGCAGAAACGUCCUUCUGAGGCUCAAAGUGUUAUUCUCCGACGCUAUUUUUUGGAACUGACACAAAGUUUCAUCAUUCCAUUAGAAAGAUAUGUGGCAAGCUUGAUGCCUUUGCAGAAAAGUAUUUCUCCGUGGAAGAGUCCACCCCAGUUAAGACAGUUCCUUCCAGAAGAAUUUAUGAAAACACUUGAAAAAACGGGGCCUCAGCUCACAUCUGGAAUCAAGGGCGAUUGGAUUGGACUUUACCGGCAGUUUCUAAAGUCUCCUAAUUUUGAUGGCUGGUUCAAGACCCGUCGGAAAGAAAUGACCCAAAAAUUGGAGGCACUUCAUCUAGAAGCUCUUUGUGAAGAGGACCUCCUUCUCUGGAUCCAGAAACAUACAGAAGUAGAAACAGUAGACCUUGUGUUGAAGCUUAAAAAUAAGUUGUUGCAGGCUGACCGAGAGAAUUUACCUGUGAAACCAGACACUGUGGCAAAGUUACGGACACAUAUAGAUGCAAUUAUCUUAGCAUUGCCAGAGGACCUGCAAGGCAUACUGCUCAAGACUGGCAUGACAUGAUACAAGGUUUCCAGCCCAAAAGGACUGUACACCAUGAAGCAAACUGACAUUUCCUCCAGACGCACAAAGAAGCUGUCUGAGUGGCAGUAACAUGGAAAACAGCAGCAAUUGCUAGAUACAGGUGGAAAGACUGAGCUGUAGAAAGACAUUUUUAGUACAUUCUGUGGUGGUUCCACGAUACUGCAAUUCCAAGAGACAUUUCCCUAUUUUUAAUCACGUUCUGAAGUGCUCUUAGGAGAGACCUGUGGGCCGUCAGUUAAGUGACUCCAAACUGCAGUGCUGGCAUUGCAGGUAUUUUUUAAAUUGGUGCUGCUUUGCCCAAUCGUGUUGAAACUCAGGGGAUAGGAAAAUCACGUUCACACUGGCUGUCUUCUUAAGAAGGAAAGACUGAAUUUUCCAACUCUAGUUGAUAGAACUGAGGCUUAUGUAGUGCCUUCCAUUGUCCUAUAUGUUUCACAGGGUCCAGCUGCUAAUUAUAAAGCUUUUCCUUUUUUAAAUUAUGAUACACAACUUUUUAAUUAUGUCAAGAUUUGCUCAAAAGUGUUUUUUGUUGCUCCUCAUGUUUAUUGACAGGUGUUUUAAAUUAUCAUGUGGGUUCUCAUUUCACUGUUUUUUUUUUUACCUUUUUCAAAAUUAGGUUUUAUGAGUUUCUCCAGAGGAAGGAGGCAUAUGUAGUUUUGCUUAUGGAAGAGUUGAUCUUCCUCUUCCCUUUUACUAACUGGGCCUGUAAAUUAAUUAGUUUAAAUGUCUUUGGAAGACAUUCUUACUAUGAACGUCAUAGUCAGCUGGUUUUUAAUAAUUAGUUUUAUGUCAAAAGUAUUCAUAAGCCAUUCAUGUAAUAAUUAUUUGAGGAUUUUAAGUUUAAUUUUCAACAUUAUUUGUUGGGUGAUACUAUUUCCCCUAAAUUAAUGAUUUUCAGAAUACUUUUCUUGCUGUUGGUUUGAUAUGGGAACUUUUAUCUAAAUCAAAAUUAUAGUUUUGUUUGUUUGUUUGUUUUGUUUAUACUACCUUGCCAAAAGUAGAAUAGUAUUAUUUGAUGUGUUAAGAUUUUUUGGUUGUGUUUAAAUGGGAGUGUCUGCAGAAGCCACUGUUCAGAUAGGCACACAGGAAGUAGCACAUAUGUAAAUAGCUGUGUCUUAAGUACCCUCCAAACAGCCCAAAUUAGGUGUAUGUGUUUUUCAAAGAUGGCUUCAGAAGCCAUCUCUUGUUCUCUAUUGAUGGUAAAGGGCAUUCCUGAUCUAAGAUGGUUCCUUGUGCUCGUGACUGUGGUCUCACAGCCAAGUGUGCCCUUUAAUCAUGGAUACAGUCUCUUGAAACAUACCACUGUCAUAGAAAGAAUAGGGCAUUUGGACGAAUCAUUUGUGUGGAUUGUAUGGGUUAUUUUGUGAAACAAUACUGACCUUUCAGAAAAAGGGCAACUACUUUUUUAUGCUAAUGUACUGCAUAACUUUCUGGGAAACUUUAUUUAGGUAGAAAUGGUCAUCUUAUUAUUUUUCAGAACAAUGUAUUUUAAUAAUUUCACAAUUUAUAUACAGUUUGUGACAUGAAUAUGAAAGUCAUUAGUGUUAUAUCAAGUAUGUUUUGAAAUAUACUUCUGUGGGAUAUAUCACUUGAAAUUUAUUUUGCACACCUAAAGAAUACCAUGAAAUAUCAAUUAGCAUAAUAAUGCUGUCUUUACAUUUACCACAUAUAACAGAAACUUAACACAUGUUAAAAACCAAAUCAUACUCACCUACUUUAUCUGUUUAACUUCAAAUUAUGUACCUGCAAGAAUAUCUUAAGGUUGCAUUGGAAACCCAAGAAAGACUCAAUGGGAACUUAAUUUUUCAUGUGAUUUUCAGAAUUGUCUUUUUUUUUUAGAGUUUAGUAUUCAAACCCUGCCAUUUAAUGUGUUAUCUCCACCAGCAUAAGAAGGAAUCAGUGCUUUUAGAGUGUUAUGUAAUGCCUAGUGCCUUCUAUUUACAGUGGAAAAGAGGUUUUGUGGAGGCAUUUAUGGUCAUUACCAAAAGCUGAAUUAAAGCCUUGGAUUUUAAAACACCUGGA